GACUCUGGAAGUAAAAGCCUGCUUUGGAAGCCCCGCCUCCUCCUGAGGAGAUGCCAAGCCUCAGGACUGAGCAGACACAGGGACUACUGCCUCGGGACAGCAGGGCCUGGGAGAAGCCAUGCCACCCCACCUUCCCCAAGGACUGGGAGGCUGUGGAGGUCGGGGCCUCCAGCUGUGACAGCGAUGAGAAAGAUCUGUCUUCUCAGGAGACGGGGCUGUCUCAGGAAUGGAGCUCAGUAGAGGAAGAUGAUGAGUCAGAGGACUCCCAGGGUUUUGUGGAGUGGUCCAAAGCUCCACAGCAAACAACCAUCGUGUUGGUUGUGUGUGUGCUGUUCUUAUUCUUGGUUUUGACUGGGAUGCCCAUGAUGCUUCACAUUUAACGACCACAGUAGCUGCUGUAUGGAGACAUAAGUCCUGUGUCACACUAAGAAAUGCUCCUUGGCUAGAAACCAGGAGUGUGUACUGAACAUUAUGAAAUGCCUUCCAAACAUCCACUGAGAUGAGCUUAUUAUUUUGUUUAAUUUAUUUAUUUUGAAGAUUUAUUUUUAAUUAUGUGUGUGUGUGUGUCUCUGUGUGUUUAUGUGCUAUUGUGAGUGCAGUGCCUGCAGAGGCCAGCAGAGGGAGUUUGAGUCCCUGGAGCUGGAGUUGUAAGCAGUUGUGAGCUGCCUGAUUUGGGUGCUGGGAGCAGAACUCCGGUCCUUUGCAAGAGCAAUAAGUACCCUUAACUGCUGAGCUGUCUCUCUAGCUUCAUGAAUUUGUUUGUUUGUUUCCCC